AUGAAUUUAAUAGUACAACUUGUUAUCCUUGGAAUAAUUUUUAUUAUUUCAUCAAAAUUAUUACGUGGAAAACAGCAAUUAAACUUAAACGAGCCACCUUUAAUACCCUAUAAAUAUCCAAUAAUUGGGCAUACAUUUGAUUAUUAUAGAGAUACGGAAAAAUUUAUCAACAAAUGUAGUGAAGAGUAUGGAGAAAUAUUUUCGUUAUAUGUAUUUGGUAAAGUGAUAACCUUUGUAGGCAAAGAACUUUAUCCCGAAGUUUUCAAGAGUCACAAAGAUUUUGAUUUUGAUAUUGCCUUCAAAGAAAAAUUUCCCCUAGAAAGAUUUAUGAAUCGUCCGGAUAAAUUUUUUGCCCCUUUACCUAAAAUAAUAUUUACCUUUUUAUCACAAUCAUUACCAUCAUAUGCCGAAAGAGUUCAAAAGACACUUAUUGAAGCUAUUGAUGAAUUAAUCGGUGACGGUAAAGUCAUACAAAACCCUCUGAAUACUUUUCAAUUAAUCAUCGCAAGACCAAUCGCAGCAUGUUUAGUCGGUGAAGAAUUUUCUGAUGAUAAAGAAUUGGUAAAUACCGUAGCUUAUGCUACCAGUGAUUUGAUUCCAUACUUAUCGUUUCCACCCUUUUUGAGCUUCAUUCAUCCGUUAUUACACAAGGAAUUUUUAGUGGUAUACUUUCAAUUCUAUAAUCCCUUCAAAGUGCAUAGGGAUGUAAUUAAACGAAAGGUUUCACCUAUCGUCGAAAGAAGAUUACACAGCAUGAAAACGAACAAAUCCUAUGUUCCUCCUGUUGACAUAUUACAAAAACUUAUCGAACUUUUAAGUCAAGAUUAUACAAUCGACAUCGACGUUUUAACUGAUUACGUUAUUGUUGUUAUAUUUGCUGCGGUGCAUACAACUUCAACUUUCCUCCUCAACUCUUUACAUCAAUUAUUAGAAGAACAAGAACGAUUAUUAAAAAGUAAAAAUGGAAAGACCUAUUAUACUACUGAAGACAUUGAUAAAUUGGUUUAUCUGGACAGCUUUUUUAAAGAAACGUUAAGAUUAUCCACAAGCAUAGUUUACUUUGAACACAUGACGCUUAAUUCUCAUUUUACCUUUUCGAAUGGUUAUCAAGUUCCAAAGGAUCGAUUUGUUUAUAUUCGAUUACAAGAAAUUCAUCGCGAUGAAGAAUUACAAGGUCAAAAUCCAAAGGAAUUUAACCCCUUCCGUCAUCUAGGAAAAUCACUCGCAGCACACGUAGAAAAAAACUUUAUUGCAUUUAGUUUCGGUAAACAUGCAUGUCCGGGUCGUUAUUUCGCUGCAAAUGAAAUUAAAAGCGCUUUACAUUAUUUAAUUUUAAAUUAUAAUAUUAAACAUCUUGAUGAUAAAAAAGUUUAUCCAAAAAUCAAGGGUCCUUUCAGGUUUGCUAGUGAUGAAGGUUUAGUAUUGGAGAGAAAAGGAAACAAUGUGUAA